GCCACUCAGCCAGCGAUCGCGACUGUGUUAGCUUAGUAAGCUUGCCUAGUCUAACUUAUUACUGUGAGAUCGAGUGUCGAAAUCGAACGUUACCCGGUGCUUUUUCGGUAAAUAUCAUCUCGGCUUUCUCCUGAACAACGGCUUCUUUUCAUCAUCGUAUGGACAUCCUGGCAAAGGCACCAAGGGAAGAUCAAAGCAGCGCUGCAUUGUGGGUCGAUGCCAAAUCAAUCCAUAUUUUAGCUCAAGUACAAGACUCACUGCAGGUCAAAGAGGGAUUUAACAAAGAACCGAACAUAGUCAUGGAAAAAGAAAGUGAGAUACCAGAACCUCUAUCUCUCUCAAAGUUGAAAAGUUUGUGGAGAUCGAAGAGUUUUUCCAGCUUUUGUGACUCACAAGCUCUCAAGCAGAAUUCUCCUUCUGCAGCCAUGCUGCGGAUGCCGUCUUUUGAAAGUAAGCUAGUUCACUUGGAAAUAAGGGACGUAAGCAACUCCGCAAUGGGCGAGCACGAAUACCUUCGUAGUAUCAUUGAAAAGGGAGUAAAUUUUUCAUCCUUUUCUUCAGAUCACUGUAAAAGAGACAAGGACCCUGUUUUUCAGAAAAGAAACAGUGGUGUUAAUGUUGUUAGUGCAUCUGCGCCUGAGGAAAGUGGUUCCUCUGAGGUACAAGACAAUAAUGUGUCACACUCCCUUAACUGUGGGCUGAAAGAUUCAGUUUUAGUGGAAAGAGCAAGUCAUGCUUCUGUGACAAAGGUUGCCGAUUCCGGUGAAAAAGGCGAACUUCUGUCAGACGACGAGGACAUGGAUAUCGAUGAACUCUUAUCAAAUACUGCUGGUGUUAAUAGCAUUGACAAGAUAUCAGAACCUGUCGUCAUAGACAAUGACGCUCGGAGCCAUGGACCAAUAGAAUACCUUACUGAUGAAGUCCAAGAAGAAAAUGAUACUUCUUUGAUUAGAUCCUGGAGUGGGUCAUCAGUAGAAACUGUCGAGUUAUCACAGAGGUCUAUCAGUCCAUCCCCAUCAGAAGAAAUUUGUUUUAUGGGGAAAUCUGAUAAUCUAUCAUCCAUUAAAAGCUCAAUUACAAGAGGAUCGUCUGGAAGUGAACCAUCCAUGUUGAAUCCGGAAAGUUUUAAUGACAGAACAACAAAACAAUUCCAGGAAUCAGAAAUUCCACCAUCAGGUAUUCGUUCUGACAAUCAGAAGGAAGGGUCUCCAGUAUCAUCAUUUGAAUCAGACAUUCACCAUGCAAGUUUACGGAAUGAAUCUUCAUCAACUGCAGAAAAUAACAAAGUUGCUGUAUCAAAAAGCCAAACUCCAGAAGACCAGCCAUCAGAAAAAGACCAGACAUCAAAAGAUCAAGGAUUAGAAGAUCAGACAUCAGAAGAUCAGAUAUCAGAAGACCAGAUAUCAGAAGAAGAAGACAAGCCAUCAGGAGACGACCAGACACCAGUGGAAGACCCGAUACUAGAAGAUAAGACUUCAGAAGGAGACCAGACAUCAGAAGACCAGCCACCAGAGGAAGACCAGACACCAGACGAUCAGCUAUCAGAAGAAGACCAGAUAUCAGAAGAAGAUCAGAUAUUACAAGACCAGAGACCAGAAGAUCAGCAAUCAAAACAAGACCAGACACCAGAAGGAGACCAGGCAUUAGAAGAAGACCACACACCAGAAGAAGACCAGACACCCGAGGAAGACCAGACUCCAAAAGAAGAUCAGAUUACAGAAGAAGACCAGACUUCAGAAGAAGACCAGACUUCAGAAGAAGAUCAGAUUACAGAAGAAGAAGACCAGACUACAGAAGAAGAUCGGAUUGCGGAAGAAGACCGGACUACAAAAGAAGAUCAGAUUACAGAAGAAGAAGACCAGACUUCAAAAGAAGAUCAGAUUACAGAAGAAGAAGACCAGACUACAAAAGAAGAUCAGAUUACAGAAGAAGACCAGACUACAGAAGAAAAUAAGACACCAGAAUACCAGCCAUCAGACGAAGACAAGACAUCAGAAGAAGACCAAACUACAGAGGAAAACCAAUCAGAAGACCAGAUUACAGAACAAGACCAGGCAUCAAGAGAAGACCAAAUCACAGAACAAGACCAAAGACCAGAAGACCAGCUAUCAGAAGAAAACCAGGCACCAGAAGAAAAUCAUAAACUACAAAAAGAGUUAGACCAGACACCAGAAGGAGACCAGGCAUUAGAAGAAGACCACACACCAGAAGAAGACCAGACACCCGAGGAAGACCAAACUCCAGAAAAAGCUCAGAUUACAGAAGAAGAAGACCAGACUACAGAAGAAGAUCAGAUUACAGAAGAAGAAGACCAGACUACAGAAGAAGAUCAAAUUACAGAAGAAGACGACCAGACUACAGAAGAAGAUCGGAUUGCGGUAGAAGACCGGACUACAAAAGAAGAUCAGAUUACAGAAGAAGAAGACCAGACUAUAGAAGAAGAUCAGAUUACAGAAGAAGAAGACCAGACUACAGAAGAAGAUCAGCUUACAGAAGAAGACCAUACUACAGAAGAAAAUCAGACACCAGAAUACCAGCCAUCAGACGAAGACAAGACAUCAGAAGAAGACCAAACUACAGAGGAAAACCAGGCAUCAGAAGACCAGAUUACAGAACAAGACCAGGCACCAAGAGAAGACCAAAUCACAGAACAAGACCAAAGACCAGAAGACCAGCUAUCAGAAGAAAACCAGGCACCAGAAGAAAAUCAUAAACUACAAAAAGAGUUAGACUCUUCUGAUCAGACAUCAACUGAAGUAGCCACUGGAAAUGAAGAAAAUGUCGUCUUAAAAGAGAAUACCCAGGAGCAGACUCGAGUAACGCCAGCGGGUAAUGUUUAUUUGCAUUUAGACAAAGACAACACCCAAAAUAAAGGAAAUGUUACUGAUGGGCCUCUAGAAGUUCAAGAUGCAAAUCAGAGACACUGUACUGAAGAAACGCAUUUUUCAAAAGAAUCUUGCGAGGAGGACGAUAAGAAAAUAAAUUCAACUAAAGAAGAAAAUACAGGCAGAUUAUUUGAGCUUGAACAGAAACAAUCAAAAAUACCAAAAGAUGCGCCAGUGUUGGGGAUAAGCAAACACAUAGACACAGUCAGCAUCAAAUUGCCUGUAGUUUGUGAAAAUGUGAAAACGGUUUUAGCUCCAAGGCUUUUGCAAUGCCCCUGCCCAAUUUGUGAAAUAUCACCUCUCAAGAGGAAACCAGCGAGAAUCAGAGGAAGCCGGGUAAUUCGUUUUAGUGAUACUAAAGUAAGUGUUGUCUGUAAACGAAAAGCUAUAGAGUUAAACGAUGAUCCGCCAAUGAAGAAAAGGUUGCGCUCAUUUGACAAGAUCGCAAAGUCCUCCGGGUCGUCUCAUGUUAAACACCUCAAGUCCUCUGUAUCAUUAACCUCAAAAUCAACAUUAGGGCCGUUACGAGGGUCCAGGUUAACGCUCCCUACUGAGAAAUCGAAAUCAACAACUCCCUCGAAAAGGAAAAUGGAAAAUCGGACCGACAGCCCCCUCCCGACCAAAGUCCCCAGGACAGAAAAUAUCUCCUGUCAGACGUCCAUCACGACCAGAUCUACAAGCAAGAUGGGAAGAGAGUAUCAAGAUCGUUCCUUAUCAAAUCUAUCACAGCAAAAGGCACAGAUAUUCAGAGCAGUAAAAGAUGGGAACACGAAGCUCGUCAAAGAACUGAUGGGAGUUACUGGUCCAACCAUCCGAAAUGAAAAGGACAAUUCUACUCUUCUGCACGUCGCUGCAGCCAACGAUCAAUAUGAGAUUGUUCACUUUUUGCUGGAGCUCAUGAACCCAAAUCUUAUUAAUAAGAGUGGGCAAACACCGGCGCAUAUAGCAGCCAAGGAAGGUCACACACACAUACUUAAGGUUUUGCUUGCCGAUGAGGAAUUUGAGCCUAACAAGAGAGACUCAUCGGGCAGAACUUACAAGGACUUGCUUGCUGGGCCUUUGUUUGAUGCAGUGCUGAAAGGAGAAAAGAAUCGCAUCAUUUCGUUGCUAAAAGUGGGAGCUAAUCCCGAUUACGACGUUGGGAGUUUGGCAGAUGGAAUAAUGUCCAGGGAGUUACGGAUAACUACAGCCAGACAGCUUGCGUUCGCAUUGCACGGCGAGGAAUUUGUGAAAUUAUUCUCAAAGGAAGAAAAACAUAAUGCCAAGAAAGUCUGCACAAUACGCACUAGGACUAGAUCAUCGACAAGAAUUCGCCUGAGGGAGGUAAACUCACAGAAAGUAGAUGCGCCGAGGACAAGAAAACACAGUGCAUGCAAAAAGACUUCCUCUCGGGGUCACGUGUGCAUUUUGAACUUCAAAACCUUCUCCAAAAGACCUGAACUAGAACGAGAAUAUUCUGACGCCGAAGUAGACGAUCUCUCAAAGGUAUUCGGGGAACUAGGCUAUACCUGCGACGUUCAUAAGUCCCUGGGAGCUGACGAAGUCAGGAGCACUCUGGUCGGUCUCAGAGAUUCGGACGAGUUGACAAGAGCUGAUUGCGCAAUCUUCUUCAUCUCCAGUCACGGCGUUCAUAAAGAAGCAAUCCUUACGAGCGACUUAAAGCUCUUGACGACAGAGUGGGUCAUGGGGCUAUUUAGGGAUUCAGACUGCCCUCAGCUUCGGAAUAAACCGAAAAUAUUCAUUUUCGACAUCGCAUCGGGUUACUACAUGGAAAAUCUCGGUCUACGGCGAGAAAAGAGACCCGUCAGGAUGCAAGAACCGAUUUGCAACAGUCUGUGCCUUUACUCCCAAAGUAAUGGCGUGACGUAUCGUGAAGGGAGUAAAAGAUGCUCUUUCGUGAAAGCUCUUGGUACUACCUUGAGGGAUCACAGCCUGAAUAAAGAUUUUGUGGAUUUUCACCGUCACUUACUCGAGGAAUUUACAGAGGGAAACUACGGCCCAUUGCCAGAGUUGAGUAAUGUCGGUUUUUUCGGGAAGUUCUAUUUUAAUUCUAUGGAUGUUACCGACAUCGUGAAGUAAAACACACAAAUGAAGAUUAACGGCUGGAA